AUGCUAAGCUACGGCGCGGAGGUGCUGUUCGGAGGCGGCCCUGCAGCUUUCCGCAAGGAUGCCGGGGGCGGCUUGCGCUCAGCCGGCCCGGCGGGGUUCUCGCGCUCCGGGAUGGGCUCCUUAUCCUCCAGCGGCUUCCACUCGCAGGGCUGGUCUCGCUGCUCGGCUUCGGCAUCCCGGCGCCAGCUGGGCUCAUCCACCGAGAGUUUGGAGUCUCUGGGCCCGCUGAACGGCGAGUUGCGCCUGGGGCGCAACGAGAAGGAGGUGCUGCAAUCGCUCAACGACCGCUUCGCCGGCUACAUCGACAAGGUGCGCGCUUUGGAGAUGCAGAACCGGCAGCUGGAAGGCGAGGCGGCGGCCCUGCGCCAGCAACAAGCCGGCCGCUCGGCUCUAGGCGAGUUGUACGAGCGCGAGAUCCGCGAGAUGCGCGGGGCGCUGGUGCGGGUGAGCAACGAGAAAGGGCAGCUGCGCCUGGAGCAGGAGAGGCUGGAGGAAGAGGUGGGGGCGCUGCGCCAGCGGCUGGACGACGAAGCCCGGCUGCGCGAGGAGAACGAGGCGGCCGCCCGAUCCUUAGCCAAAUUCACCGACCAAGCCCAGAUGACCAAAGGCGAGCUGGAGAGGAAGCUGGCCUCCCUGCGCGAGGAGAGCCUCUUCCUCCGCCGCAGCCACGGCGACGAGGUGGCCGAGCUGCUGCGCCAGAUCCAAGGCGCCGGCCCGGCCGCCGUCUUCGAGUUGCGCGAGUUGCCCGCCGUCCAGUCGGAUGUCACCUCUGCGCUCAAGGAGAUCCGCGCCCAGCUGGAGGGUCACACCUUCAAGAGCUCGCUGCAGUCGGAGGAGUUUUUCCGAGUGAGGCUGGACAAGCUCUCCGAAGCUGCCAGGGUGAACACGGAUGCCAUCCGUAAUGCCCAAGACGAGCUGUCGGAAUACCGUAGGCAGCUGCAAUCCAAAACGACGGAGCUGGAAACUCUCCGCGGGAUGAAGGAAUCCUUGGAGAGGCAGAGGCUGGACAUGGAAGAUCGCCACCAUUUGGAUGUCCAGUCGUAUCAGGAUACGAUUGGACAGCUGGACAAUGAGCUCAGGAAUACCAAGUGGGAAAUGGCUGCCCAGAUCAGAGAAUACCAAGAUCUGCUGAACGUCAAAAUGGCUCUGGAUAUCGAGAUUGCUGCCUACAGGAAGCUGCUGGAAGGAGAGGAGUGCCACUUUGGCAGCGGGAUGGGGAUUUUCCCGUUCCCCGAAAUCGCCCCCAAGACCCCCAGCAUCCCCACUCACAUCAAAGUCAAAAGCGGGGAGAAAAUUAAAGUGGUGGAGAAAUCAGAAAAGGAGACGGUGAUCGUCGAAGAGCAGACGGAGGAAGUGCAAGUGACUGAAGAAGUGACGGAGGAAGAAGUGGGUGAGAAAGAAGAGGAGGAGGAAGCAGAAAAAGAGGAGGAGGAGGAAGAAGAGGAGGAGGAAGCAAAAGAGGAAAAAGAAGAAGAGGAGGAAGUGGAAGAGGAAAAAGAAGAGGAAGAGGAAAGCCAGGAAGAAAAGAAAGGAGGAGAAGAAAGUGAAGAAGCUGGAACAGGGAAAGAGGAGGAGACUCCGUUGCCAGAAAAGAAGUCCACCUUGAAAGAAGAGGAGGCCAAAUCACCUGAGAAGGUUAAAUCUCCCACAAAAGAUGAAGCCAAGUCCCCUGCCAAAGUCCCAUCUCCAACAAAAGAAGAAAGUAAACCUCCAGCCAAGGUGGUGUCACCAACCAAGGAAUUGUUGAAAGUCCCAGGCGCGAAACCAGUAGAAGAAGCAACUUCUCCUGUCAAAGAAGAGAGCAAAUCUCCAGCAAAACCUGGAACUCCCGCCAAGGAAGAAAGCCGGACUCCAGAAAAGCUGAAAUCUCCAACAAAAGAGGCAGAGAAACCUCCAGCGGUGAAGGUCCCAGAGAAGGUGGCUUCCCCAACAAAGGAAGACCUCAAAUCUCCAGCAAAACCUGGAUCUCCCGCCAAGGAAGAAAGCCAGACUCCAGAAAAGGUGAAAUCUCCAACGAAAGAGGCAGAGAAACCUCCAGUGUUGAAAGUCCCAGAGAAGGUGGCUACCCCAACAAAGGAAGACCUCAAAUCUCCAGCAAAACCUGGAUCUCCUGCCAAGGAAGAAAGGCAGACUCCAGAAAAACCAAAAACUCCAACAAAGGAGGCAGAAAAACCUCCAGCGGUGAAGGUCCCAGAGAAGGUCGCUUCCCCAACCAAAGAAGACCUCAAACCUCCAGAAAAGCUCAAGCUUCCCCCCAAAGAGGAAGCUAAAACUCCAGAGAAGGCCAAGACACCCAUCAAGGAAAAGGCCCAAUCUCCAGAGAAGGUCAAGACGCCCGUCAAGGAGAAAGCUAAAUCUCCAGAAAAAGACACAGCACCCCAGAAGGCACCAGAGAAAGAAGCAGAUGCACCCGCCAAGCCCGUGGCGGAGAAGAAACCGAGCAAGAAAGAAGAGGAGGCCAAGCCUGAAAUCCCAACCAAGGAUGCUCCAAAGCCAGAAGCCAAGGAGAAGGAGAAGAAGACCGAAGACCAAGGGGACAAGAAACAAAGCCCCAAGGCCAAGUCACCUACCCUUGAUGGGGAAAAGGCACCUGCUGCUCCCAAGGCUGAGGACACCAAGGAGAAGGAGGCCACCAAGCCGCCAUCCAAACCAGAAUCGGGGAAAGAGGCGGAGAAAGGAACCAAGGCGCCGGUGCCAAAAUCUCCAACCGAACAACCCAAAGCCAAGAGCCCAAGCCCACCGGCCAAGAAGGAAGCGGAGAAGGCCAAGGCCGAAGAGAAGAAAGAAGAACCAAAGAAGGAGAAAGCUGAGCCCAAAAAGGAGGAGGAGAAACCCAAAGCAGCAGAGAAACCCAAAGAAGACGCCAAGAAGACGUUGAGCCCCAAAGAGUCGCCCACAUCGAAAGAACCCCCCAAGACGGAAAAAGCAGAGAAGUCCUCUGGGAUGGACCCCAAAGACAGUAAAUCCGCCGAAAAAGAAGAAAAGGCCAAGAAAUGAUCAGAAGAUCUUGGAGGUGCUUCAGGGGGCACCUAACGACUUGGACGACCACCGAUCUCAGGACGGCUAAGUUUGGGGUGAGGUCCCCUCCUCCCCACCCACCCCCGCGAGGAGUCUGGGAAUGCAUGUUUGCAACACGUCGAUCCCAGAGGAAGAAAUCAACCCAGCUAAGCCACGAUCGAUCUGAGAUAACUCGGUGGGGUGGGGGGGGAAACCCGAAACGAAACCAAACCAAGCUGGUUCCAAUAUAUUAUUGACAGCUUUCGUAGCCGAAUGUGAUAUAUGCAGAAUGCCAUUUAAGCACUUGAAUUAUUCAAUGGGGAGGGA